GAGGAUGUAGAAUUAAUCAACCGUGAAGAAUGCUUUAGCUAAGUUGCUUGAGUCGCCCCUUGGUGGCGCUAAAUACCAUUAUGGCGUAGAAGAUACCCAAAUGCUGGGAAUCAACAAGGGAGGUGCACACGUCAACUGACCAUUGGAAUAUCAAAUUUGUUAUCUUAUUUCAAGCACUAUCUACUGAACUUUCAUUAGAAGCUGGUUCAUCUCUUUGUCAUUCAUAUUUAAAAUCGCAAUCGCGUCUGUUAUUUUUUUUCUUCAAUUUCCACCCGGCUUCUUGAGUGAUGAUGACACAUCCUUCCCAUUGCUAGCCGCGUCUAAUUACAAGUUACUACUAUUGUGGAUCCACACACAAGAAGGAUCUUUCUAAUUGUAUUACCAGGCAAAUGAAAUGUCUUCUGGACGUCCUAUCAAAUGUGUGGUCGUAGGAGACGGUACUGUCGGAAAAACAUGCAUGUUGAUUUCUUACACAACCGAUAGCUUCCCUGGAGAAUAUGUGCCUACUGUAUUUGACAACUAUUCUGCACCGAUGGUUUGUGAUAGCAUUCCGGUCAGUCUUGGUCUGUGGGACACUGCAGGACAGGAAGAUUAUGAUCGUUUAAGACCACUUUCUUACCCACAGACUGAUGUAUUUCUCAUCUGCUUCAGUGUUGUUAGCCCAUCUUCAUUUGAGAAUGUCACAUCAAAAUGGUAUCCUGAAAUUAAGCACCAUUGCCCUGAUGCUCCAGUUCUCUUGGUUGGCACAAAAAUUGAUCUCAGAGAGGAUAGAGAAACUUUGGCUCUGUUAGCUGAACAAGGCCAGUCACCAAUGAAAAGGGAACAAGGUUUAAAGUUGGCGUCAAAAAUCCGGGCUGUUAAAUAUUUGGAAUGCUCAGCGUUGACCCAGAGGGGACUCAAACAGGUAUUUGAUGAAGCUGUUCGAUCAGUCAUCCGACCGGAACCGCAAAAGAGACGCCAAAGGAAGUGCACGUUGUUGUAGAAAAUGGCUCGUCACACCGAAUUCUGUUCUGUAUUAGCGUUCUUGCUAAUAGCAUACCACUGCACAACACGAUCUUUUACUUGUCAUGCUGUGCGAUUCAGCUCCUUGAUUCCUCCACUUCUCCAAAUUCAAACAUAGCGAAAAAAAUUCUAUUUUUGAAUUUGGCAGAAAUGAUACCUGAAAUCAUGAAUAAUAUUUUUCACUUCAAUUUUUUUUUCCACAAGUGGUAUGACUGGAUUUGUUUUCUUGAUUUCCUAAGGACUAUUAAUUCCCAUGGAGGAAAUGUGGAUAAUUAAUUUGUGUGUUGACAGAAAUUGUAACAUUUCAAGCCAUACUUUGGGUUACGUCUAUUUCUCACUAUGAUGAGGUUCUUCCAGCGUUCACCCCUCGUAAUGGGGACGAGUUAUUCUGUUACAUUUCACAACUUUGGCUUGCGAUAUUUUCAAACGUACUCACACAUCAGGACAGCUUCGGUUUUCAGACUUGAUAAGCAUCUAUUUCCUUUCAUUAAAAAUUUUAAAACUUUCUAUUUUUCUUUUUUACUGCCUUCUAGUCACGCUAUAUUCUUUUGAUGGCCCAAACUUGUUCACUCUGCAGCUAGUGCUGUUGCAACUUCAACUUUAAGGAAUUUUAGCUCAUCCAGUUGCUCCGUUCCGUCAAUAAUUUUUUUUUCCUGAUGGCAUCUCCUCUUUCGUUUAUUGACAGAAAGCAACUGCUUCUUCAGUCCGAACACUCACAAAUACAAACAACUUUCCUUUUUGUUUUUAAGUUUUUUUUUGUGUUUACCUAUCCAAGUGUCCAUUGUAUCCAUUUCCUUCUUCUUUUUUCGCCUAGGAAGGAAGGUGGUUUUCGAAGUUCAAUAUUGUAUCGCUCUACUGAAUCAUUCAUAAUAAUACACUACUUUGCAAUAGUAAAA